UAAUGACAAGUCCUACAUCCGCCUUUGCAAAUAGUAGGUGUAUACAUGUGCCAUUACACAAUAAAUAUUACUAAAACGAAAGUUCAGACAAAGAAAACUGGCGGUUAAUUGUUUAUAUAGUUUCUUGGGGUGGUCCCAGAAACCAUGGUAUUAUUUCUUUUUGCUUUGGGAGGCUGCUCACUAAGAAAGGUGCACAUUUGCCCUAACGACAAUUCCUUUAUCCGCCAUUGCAAACUAGUUCUGCGGGUUACCAAACAAUGGCUGAUGGGGGAUAUGAUGAAGUAUCUGGAAAGCUCCGUGACUUCCAGAUGCGGCAAGAGUCUGAAUCUGUGGUAAUACAAACAAGAGAAGAGCUAGACACUACUGCAAUAGAUGUUGUGGUUUCAGCCCGAAAUGAAAUGAAAGCAGAGUCUGGAUCUGUAGUAAUACAAACAAGACAAGAGCUAGAUACUGUUGCAAUAGAUGUUGUGGAUUCAGCCCGAAAUGAAAUGAAAGAAGAAGCCAAGACAAUUGUGCAUGGUGUGAAGAUGGAAAUGAGCAUGCUGCAGAAUUCUGCUCCUCCGACAAAUCAGCCACAAUAUAUUCAUAAAGGUACUGACACGGACAAUUCUAUUGCUCAUGGCCUGAACGACAACUUUGCCAUCCUGAACGACCAGUCCUUGCUUACACUUGCUCAAGUCAUUUCACCCAAUGAACUCGACACAUUGCUGAUAUAUCUAGACGUUCCUGUUCCACUAGUGAAAAGUCACAAAGCAAAUCAUCCUGGAGACAUUGUAGGCGCUCAUUUUCUUUGUCUAAAAUACUGGAGGGAUAAACAUCGUGGAAAUAAUCAGACUCGUUUCAGAGACCUCACUGAAUCAUUGGGUGAUAUCGGACAGAAUGAUAUCAUUGCCACAUUGAACUCAGUUUUCGGCGGCAAGGUCACUAGUAGAUCACUUAGACGCCAAGACUUCGGACAUACAUGAAAAAGGAUAACAUAAAUUUAAUGUCAAAUAUAAUGUAAGCAAGAUGUUGUUAUUCCUUAAUUUUUUUUUUUAAUCCAUUCUAUUUGUUGAUUUUUGAUCUUCUCUCUUUUGUAUGAGGUGUUUAUUUUUAAUUCUAAGUAGAAAAUGAAAGUAUCAGGUUAGUCUCGUCGGUGGGGACAGUUUAUCUGGUAAGGCGUAGGAAUAUUUCGGGUAAGCCAUAUAAAAGGAAUACUACAAACUACACAAUUAUUCAAAAUUACAAGCAUAACUUGUCAAAUGUCUGUCGCCCCGAUAAGGCAAAACUAGGAAACCUCGAUUUCUAUGGAAGUGACAGAACAGAUAAGAUCAUACAGACAUUAUUGAGAUAUUAGUAUAAUGACAAUGAUCAAAAAGUGUCCAUAAUCAGAAUUAUAUCAAGAUCCCCAGAUACAAUUUAGAAUAAAAUGACACUCUUUUUUCGUAUGCUUUACCUCAUUCUUUAUAGUUCUCGAAAUUGUGCUGAAUAGUAAAUAUCUUAGUGCUAGAAAAUCAUAUAUUUUUGCUCUUACACAUCAUUUGUUCUACUAUUUGUUUUCUUUUACUAAUAGUUCAUUACGAUUGUAUAUUCUUGCUCAAUACUUUAAUAUCAUAUAUGUUAUACAUGCAACUGUUCCGUCUGAUUACCUGUAUAUAUGCCAUUAUUUAUCACGAUAUAUUUUGGAUAGUUCACAAUGAAGUACACCUAUUUGCUACCGUAUAUUUAAAGCGAUAUCUAUCAUGUAUAACAAGUUGAUGAAUGAAACAGAUGAACAAUUUAGUAGACAAAGCAAAGUUUUUAAGAUUAUUCUGUGCUAUUUUGAAAAUACACCACCUUAAUAAGCACUUACCUCAAUUUUACUAUAACUCGUUACAAAUUUAAAUUAAUAUAUAUAUAAUAUUAACCUUAGUUUACCAGUACUUGACCUAUUUAAUUUUUGUAAUCAUUUGUUGUAAACCUCAUAUCGCAUGUAGUAUAUGUGCGGAGUGUAAAUAAACAUUCAAGCUUUAUCUACUCUUUAAAGGUAUAUAUGUAAAGCAUAUGAUUAGUUUUUAAUUGUUUCAAAACAAUUGUUACAUUAAAUAUAUUCAAUGCA